AACGGCGUGAAAGGCGAUUGAACGACACACUUUGGGAGAGCGAGAGAGUACCACCACUGCCUCUCCUCCACUCGAAUAGCCUACAUCUCCUCUCGAAUACAUACAUAUCUGUAGUAGAUUAUAGUGCGCUCUGGACAGAAAACGCAUUACACCGCGGUAUUUUUUUUUUUACAUAGAAUAACUGGGCAAGUCAACGGAUACAUCCUAUUUCAAUUCACUUGAGGACCGGACUAUUUAGGACGCUCGACCCCCGCGAAUAAACGGACGAUGGCGGUUACUACCUGCACACGUUUUACGGACGAUUUCCAACUAUAUGAAGAACUCGGAAAGGGAGCGUUUUCAGUGGUGCGCCGCUGUGUCAAACUGUGCACUGGCCAGGAGUACGCUGCCAAAAUCAUCAAUACCAAAAAGCUCUCAGCCAGAGAUCACCAGAAGCUGGAGCGAGAAGCCAGGAUCUGCAGAUUGCUCAAACACUCCAAUAUCGUUCGUCUCCAUGACAGUAUAUCAGAGGAGGGCUUCCACUACCUUCUGUUUGACCUAGUGACAGGUGGAGAGCUGUUUGAGGACAUUGUGGCCAGAGAGUACUACAGUGAAGCAGAUGCCAGUCACUGCAUCCAGCAGAUCCUGGAGGCCGUGCUACACUGUCACCAGUCGGGUGUGGUACACAGAGACCUCAAGCCAGAGAACUUGCUGCUGGCCAGUAAGUGUAAGAACGCUGCAGUGAAGUUGGCUGACUUUGGACUGGCCAUCGAGGUGCAGGGAGACCAACAGGCGUGGUUCGGUUUUGCAGGUACCCCGGGCUACCUAUCUCCAGAGGUACUGAGGAAGGAGGCCUAUGGUAAACCUGUCGACAUCUGGGCCUGUGGUGUGAUCCUGUACAUCCUGCUAGUGGGGUAUCCUCCAUUUUGGGAUGAGGACCAACACAAACUCUACCAGCAAAUCAAAGCAGGAGCCUAUGACUUUCCAUCUCCAGAGUGGGACUCGGUGACUCCAGAAGCUAAGAACCUGAUUAACCAGAUGUUGACUAUUAACCCUGCCAAGAGGAUCACUGCCCAGGAGGCCCUCAAACACCCAUGGGUCUCCCAACGGUCCACGGUGGCGUCCAUGAUGCACAGACAGGAGACGGUGGAGUGCCUGAAGAAGUUCAACGCCAGGAGGAAACUCAAGGGAGCAGUCCUGACUGCUAUGCUGGUGACGAGGAAUUUCUCCGGUAAAUUUGGUAGACAGUCUACAUCGCCGGCAUCAAUCACUACUGUGUCUGGAACUACCGCUGGGAUAGUGGAGCAAGCCAAGAGUCUCCUCAACAAGAAGGCUGAUAUCAAGCCUAACAGCACGAGAAACAGCACAGUCACCAGCCCCAAGGGAACCCCCUCUGCUGCACUGGAGCCUCAGACCACUGUUAUCCAUGUGGAUAGGAACAAGGACUCGUCUGACAGCAACACCACUAUUGAGGACGAGGAUGUGAAACUGCGAAAACAGGAGAUCAUCAAGAUCACUGAGCAGCUGAUCGAAGCUGUCAACAAUGGAGACUUUGAGGCCUACGCGAAGAUCUGUGAUCCAGGCCUGACGUCAUUUGAGCCGGAGGCCCUGGGGAACCUAGUGGAGGGCAUGGACUUUCACCGGUUCUACUUCGACAACCUUCUCUCUAAGAACAGUAAGCCCAUCCACACCACCAUCCUCAACCCUCACGUCCACCUGAUUGGUGAAGACGCCGCCUGCAUUGCCUACAUCCGGCUCACGCAAUUUGUCGAUGGCACGGGCCGCCCACGCUCCAGCCAAUCAGAGGAGACGAGGGUGUGGCAUCGCCGGGAGAGCAAGUGGCAGAACGUUCACUUCCACUGCUCUGGAGCACCGGCCGCACCGCUGCAGCAGUAAACUGGAGGAGUAAGAGAGAGGGGAAAGGGAGAAAGAGAGUUGUAGAGUGAGAGAGGAGAGGAGGAUGGAGAGAGAUACCUGCCCCCCCCCCCAUUGCAGCGCUCCCUAAUGGCCAGUGCAUGCUACUGCAGCGCAACAACACACAACCUCAACCCCUCCUGGACGGACACACACACACACACACACACACACACACACACACACACACACACACACACACACACAGCACACACUCUGACUGCUACUGCAACCAUAUCAAUCCAUUAGAAAUGUUUUCAGACUCAAACCAACAGUCCUGUAUUCAAGCUCUCCUCUCCCUCUCUCCCUCUGCUAUAGACCCACCCCUGGCACACAUACAUAUAGGAUCUACAGUUUAAAUGUAUUACAGUAUUAUUAUUUCUAUUAUUACUACUAUUGUUGUUAUUAUUAUUAUUACUAUUAAUAAGUUGUUGUUGUUAUAUUGACACUUUAUCUUUAAUGGUCCAGUUGAAACUCUUUAAAGUGCUUUGUCCCUGGUUUGUUCUUAAAGGCAUGACUUCUCCAGUGUUAUUCCCAGUGACUAGUGUUGAGUAGUUCUCCUCCAGUGAAGUCAGAUCUUUACAUGACACACAGCCCGCACGCCAACAUUAGCUACUCAAAAUGGCGUUGAGGUUCAAUUUGCGGGCUUGCAUUUUGUCCUGCUCAUUUUGAUGAUGAUGAAGUACGAAGAACGGACAUUUUCCGUAGCUAAUGGCAUUAUUUUUAUUUUUUUUGCAUUGCGUACUUGUGUAAAGUUGAAUGUAGGUUUAAGGCUGCUUCCCAGCUGGCGUAUGAACUGACCACACAACACACCCAUUGGAUUAGUGGUGUGUUUUCCCUGCUGUUUUGCUUGUCUUUUAUUCCGAAAUAGGGAAACUACCCUCUACUGAACUGUAUGCUCCCGCACCCUCACCCCUUUGGCGCAAGAAGACGAGGGAAAACGAGGGAAGACGAUGCAGCAUGUACCUUUCUAUAUUGUUGUUCUUAUACUUGAUUCUCUGUGUGUUUGAGCGUUGCAAAUAAUCACUGACUAUACCUUACGUUUGAAAUGAUUACACACUAUACUACAGUUUCAUCGUGGUGACUAUACUGCAUUAUUUGCAUGAAUUUGAAACCAUAAAUUUGGUGUUAUUGUUUAAUUGUGUGUAUUUUUUACUGAAUGCUGGUGAUCUGUGAACUCCUAUGUCUAUUUUCUGAACUUUGUAAAGUGCAUCAAAGUAUUUUUGUCUGGAGAGUAAUACCAUAAAGAGGAUGGAUGAUGAUGAUGAUGAUGAAGAUGAUAAUGAUGACAAAUGUGUAAUGAUGAUGCUUAUAAACAUGCUUUUGUACAGGCUCUAUUGCUGAGGCAGAGUGGGUUGGUCACUAACAGUGUUUCAUAUGGUUAUUGGUAUGAUUUUAUUGUGAACAGAUAUGGUACCUAUAUAUAUAUAUAUAUCCAGGGGCAUCAUUUAUAAAAUGUUAGUACGCACAGAUUUGAUCAUAAAUUGUCCAUAUGGCAAAAUCCACAUCAACGAUGUGAUGAUAAUAUGCAAUUUACAUAGAUUUUGCAUUAAGUUUUGUGAUUUAUAAAUGAAAAGUGUUUUUUUGUGAACAACUAUUUAUGGGUGUUGACAUUUAAUCAUAUUUUCAGAAAUUAUUAUACAAUUGUGUGAUGGCAGAAAUGUACUAUAGGAACGAAGAACUUUUAUAAAUGUAUCCCCUGGUCAGGGGACCCACAUGGUGUGCAUCAGUGCUGGGCUGGAACAAUAACCUGCACAUCGUGUGGUUCAGUAGAGUGUACCAGUAUGUAGUGUCCCUCCCUCCCUGUUGACAUGCCUUGCUGUCUGGCAGUGCACUUAAUCCUAGGACCCCUAGGGGGAGCCAACAUAUACACUGAAGCACCUUUAUCUAAAAGGUUUAGAAAUUGGGUUAAACAUUUGGGCUUGUCCUAAGAGCUGCCAUACACACACACUUUAAGGCUCCAGUCACACACAGGGCCGUGCACUUUUGUGUUUUUCCAGUAAACCCCUCACCUGUGUAGUCUCAGUAAUAGGAUCAGAGCUAAUCAGGCCAGCUAACACCUUCAGGUUAAGGUCACUCAGAGAGAUGGCAUUACCUCACACGGUCAUUGAUUAAACGAAAACUGUUUGUGCACGUGCGUGUAUAUUCGUCCUAUCCAGCUCGAGUUACAUAAAGCCAACCGCUCCAGUAUUAGUAGAGUCCUGUUAGUCCUAACCUUCAUUUUAAGUCCUCCUCUCAAUUGUGGGCUUGCCAUCAGACUCACGUCAUCCACUUUCACAAGAUGGAGUUUGUAAAUGUGAAUCCAAUAUUUCUCUUCUUGGUUCUUCUUCAGUGACGAUGAAUUCUGUUCUUCCAAUGAGCAUUCCUCUAUAAUAAUGUUGUGUGUUGAGGUGUUAUACAAUAUGUUACCAAUAAAGACAACUCUUGUCAAUGCUAAGA